ACAGAACUGAAAUGUUUGAGCAGUUGUGAUAUUAUUUCCUGACACGUUACGCGCUGGAAUCAUACUGUCAAACGGAGUGUUUCUGCGUCUGAUCAGUUUGAUUUAGAGAUGAAGUCACAAAUAACUUUUGUUUUGAUAAGUCUUUGCUUGAUGCCAAUAUUUUUUGUGUUGGCAGAUUCACGCUCAUUUUCCAUCGACAACAAGAACAACUGCUUCCGAAAGGAUGGCAAACCAUUUCAGUACAUUUCUGGAAGCAUCCAUUACUCCCGCAUCCCUCGGGAAUAUUGGAAGGACAGGUUGCUCAAGAUGUACAUGACUGGACUCAAUGCUAUUCAAGUGUAUGUGCCAUGGAACUUCCAUGAGACUGUGCAGGGUGUGUUCAGCUUUUCAGGAGACAGGGAUCUUGAGUACUUCUUGAACUUGGCCAAUCAGACAGGGCUGUUAGUCAUCCUGCGACCAGGGCCGUACAUCUGUGCAGAAUGGGAAAUGGGUGGUUUGCCUGCCUGGUUGCUACAAAAGCCAAACAUUAUCCUUCGUUCAGCUGACACAGAUUAUUUACAGGCAGCGAGUGACUGGUUGGCUGUGCUGCUCACUAAAAUGAAACCGUGGCUUUAUCAGAAUGGAGGGAAUAUUAUCAGUGUGCAGGUGGAGAAUGAAUAUGGCAGCUACUUCGCUUGUGAUUAUAACUACUUGCGGCAUCUCCACACUCUGUUCCGUUUGUUCCUGGGGGAGGACGUCAUUCUCUUUACUACGGAUGGGAACACGGAUAAAGAGAUGAGCUGUGGCACACUUGAGGGCCUGUACGCCACUAUAGACUUCGGCACAGACACCAAUAUCUCUACAGCCUUCGUCCGACAAAGGAGGUUUGAGCCUAAAGGCCCGCUGGUGAAUUCUGAGUUCUAUACUGGCUGGUUGGAUCACUGGGGUGACAAACAUGCUUAUGUGGACACUGACAAAGUGUGCAAAAAACUGGGAGAAAUGUUGUCCAUGGGUGCCAGUGUGAACAUGUACAUGUUUGAGGGAGGAACGAACUUUGGCUACUGGAAUGGAGCAGACCACGAUACCAGGUUUCGGUCUGUGGUGACCAGUUAUGAUUACAAUGCACCUUUAUCAGAGGCAGGAGACCCCACUGACAAACUGCUUGCCAUCAGAGAUGUCAUUAGGAAUUUUCGUGAUAUUCCAGUUGGUCCGAUGCCACCAGCCACCCCAAAGUUCGCUUAUGGCUUUGUUACACUUCAGAAGGUUGGCAACAUUAGCGGCUUGUUAGAUACGCUGUCACCUCAAGGUCCAGUACGAUCUCAAUAUCCUUUGAUGUUUGAGGAGAUUAAACAGUACUAUGGCUUCAUGCUUUACCGAACGACACUGCCACGGAAUGUUCCUGAGCCGACCCCUCUCAUCUCGCCCCUCAAUGGCAUCCAUGAUCGUGCAUACGUCUCUGUGAAUGGGGUUUACCAAGGGAUUAUGGAGAGGGACACUGCCCUGGUGAUAAACGUUACGGGACGUCAAGGGGAUCGGUUGGACAUGCUCGUGGAGAACAUGGGCAGGGUUCAUUUUGGCAGUUAUAUCAAUGAUAAUAAGGGUCUCUUGGGUAAUCUCAUUUUGGGAAAUGACGUGCUCACUGAUUGGUCGAUCUACCCUCUGGACAUUGACACUGCAGUAGCCAAUGGUUGGCUGCAGUCGGCUCACUCGGGGUCAGGGAUGGAAGCAGGAGAAGGACCAAUGAUCUACUCAGGAACCUUGAAGCCUACAGGCCUUGCGUGGGACACUUUUGUAAAACUUAAUGGAUGGACUAAGGGUCAGAUAUGGGUAAAUGGGGUGAACUUGGGGAGGUAUUGGCCCCAGAGGGGCCCCCAGCAGACGUUGUAUGUCCCUGGACCUUUUCUUAGUGCCACUCAGCCAAACAACAUCACAGUGCUGGAGCUGGAAAGAGCGCCAUCACACUGCAGAAUCCUGUUUAUGGACCGGCCUCAGCUCAACAACACUGGACAGAAGACAUGACAACAUACUCUAGCUGUGCCUUUGAAAA